AGCCCAGCCCGGCACAGCAGCGAUGUGAGGAUUAUUAGAAACAGAAUAUGGAUUUGGAUGCUUCGAACAUGUAUCUACCCAGCUGCACUUACUACGACUUCACCGGUCUGCCUCACUAUCUCACGCAGGGGCAGUCCUCCUCCUGCCCGGUGGCUUACUCGUACCAGUCGGCUCUGCCUCAGGUUCCCUCCGUGAGAGAUGUGGCGUUCAGGGACUAUGGCAUCGAUGGCUCCGCUAAGUGGCACCACAGUAGGGGGAGUCUACCGCACUGCUACACGGACGACGCAUGGACGAGCGCGACCCCCAGAGGGGGAGACGUGCCUGGGAAAGGCGGGGGUGUCCACUCCGGCUCGGGGGGCUUCCACAGCGGCGUGGGAAGGAACGGCGUCUUACCGCAGGCUUUCGACCAGUUUUUCGACUCGGCCUACGGGGGAGCGGAGCACGGAGCCACGCCGACCCAGCAGGUGGCACACUCGGACAGACAAGUCACCGUUGGUAAGACGAGCCCGGCUCCGGAUCCUCCAGCACCGGGCUCGGUCACGGCGGACAGCUGCAGCCCCAAAUCGUCACCCGACCUCGGCGAGGAGGCGAGCAGCAAGGGAGGCAGUGUGCAGAGGACGCGCAAGAAGAGGUGUCCUUACUCCAAGUAUCAAAUCAGGGAGCUGGAGAGAGAGUUCUUCUUCAGCGUUUACAUCAAUAAAGAGAAGCGUCUGCAGCUUUCCAGGAUGCUCAACUUGACUGAUCGACAGGUGAAAAUCUGGUUUCAGAACAGGAGGAUGAAGGAGAAGAAACUGAGCAGGGACCGUUUACAGUACUAUACCAGCAACCCCCUCUUAUAAAACAUGGACACUUUCAUAUCACAACACAUGGACCCCUAUGGGAAUUUCUCAUUAAACUUUCUUGCUUUAUUGUUAAUAUUAUUAUUAUUAUUAUUAUUA